AUGCGUAUCGUCUUUCCAGCUAUUUUUCAGGUUCGUAGAGAACAGUCGGAUGUCCUGAUGUCUCGAUCUAACCUUGGUUGUGCUUUUGCAGUUGCCGCCUUCGUUGUAAUGAUAUAUGAUUUGGCCCUUACAUUCGGAAAAGAGGUUGAAUUGGUCUGGAUGCAACACUGGACCCUAAUGACAGUCUUGUAUCUCAGCGUGCGCUGCCUUGGAAUCUUAUAUCCUGUCCUGUACAUGCUUAGCUUCAUGAUGUACGUUGUACAGAGCUGGACGGGUGUGUUGGUAUUUUCAAUGCUGUGGGUCAUCAUCAUCACUCGAUUGCAUGCCAUGUAUCAACGAUCCAGAAAAAUCCUGAUAUUUCUUGUCGUCACCUUCCUGGCUAUCAACAUUUUUGGAGUGGUAGUCAUGAUGGAAAUGAUGCAUGCUUCAGGGGAGGAACUCGUUCUCUCCGGCACCCAUCAGUGCUCGAUUGACUAUACAGGGCAUAACAACCUUUUGAUUCCUGUCGCUUGGAUAGUCUCCAUUUUGUGGGAGGUCCUCACGCUAUGUCUCGCCAUCUGGAUUGCGGUAAAGCACUUCCGUGAACUGAGACGACAUUCAGCAGCAGGGUUUAUGGGGGACUGUUUCACGGUAUUGAUGAAGACUCACGUGCUUUACUUUGCGAGCUUUGUCGCUGUUUGCUGCUUCGGGCUCGUUCUUAAUUCCUCUCCAACGCUCUCAACGGACCAAAAUUCCUUAAAAAGUUAUCCUUUUGAUAGUUUGCUUCAGAUGUUGGAGGUCGUGCAGAUGUCUGUGCUGGGACCACGCCUCAUCCUGAGUGUUCGAGAAUAUAAUGCUGAGCUCAAGGCCGAUUAUGACACAGUAACUGACAUGACCUCAGUGGCUUUCCAGGAGCGCGUGCAUAUAUUGACUGGCAGUGGUGUGUAG